AUGUCUAUUGUUCACAGAUCUGAAAUAUGUGACUCAUCUUUAGUUAACUAAGUUUGAGAGAACAGCAAACACUGAUAUACUGACACUGUGUCCAGGCUGUCUAAUAGAUGAUAAACUCAGUAUAGCUGACUCUCCUCACUACACAGGUCAACCCUGCCAGACGGUCUGUCCAGUACGGAAGCCGAACAUGAUCAGACUGAUUACCCGGCUUGAUUGCAAGGCAUGCAAUCUCUGUCUCAUACCAGCUAGCAUAGCAACCAAACACAUCUACAGAGAGUCCGCUAUUCAGCUACACACACACACAUCGCAGUCACACUGUAUUUAAUGUUAGUCGUCACAGUGUAACGAUAGGAAUAUAGAUAUAUCUACCGCACCGGAGUGACCAGGAUGGAGUGGCAGCCAGAUGAACAGGGUCUGCAGCAAGUGCUUCAGCUACUCAAGGACUCCCAGUCGCCAGACACAGCAACGCAGAGAGCUGUGCAAGAAAAACUGGAGCAACUCAACCAGUUUCCAGAUUUCAACAACUAUCUCAUCUUUGUCCUCACGAGCCUCAAAUCUGAGGACGAGCCCACUCGCUCCCUGAGCGGUCUGAUACUGAAGAACAAUGUCAAGGCUCACUACCAGAACUUCCCUCCCAAUGUGGCUGACUUCAUCAAACGAGAAUGCCUCAACAACAUCGGAGACCCUUCACCGCUUAUCAGGGCUACGAUCGGUAUCCUGAUCACGACCAUAGCCUCUAAAGGAGAGCUGCAGACCUGGCCGGAGCUGUUGCCUCAGCUCUGUAAUCUGCUCAACUCAGACGACUAUAACACCUGCGAGGGUUCUUUUGGAGCAUUGCAGAAGAUUUGCGAAGAUUCGUCGGAGUUGUUGGAUAGUGAUGCUCUGAACAGACCCCUCAACAUCAUGAUCCCAAAGUUCCUACAGUUUUUCAAGCACUGCAGCCCCAAGAUCAGGUCCCAUGCUAUAGCGUGUGUGAACCAGUUCAUCAUUGGUCGAGCUCAGGCUCUGAUGGAUAACAUUGACACCUUCAUUGAGAGUCUUUUUGCACUGGCUGGUGACGAAGACUGUGAAGUGCGGAAGAACGUAUGCAGGGCUCUGGUCAUGCUGCUGGAAGUCCGCAUCGACCGCCUCAUCCCACACAUGCACAGCAUCAUCCAGUACAUGCUGCAGCGGACCCAAGACCCAGAUGAGAACGUGGCUCUGGAGGCCUGUGAGUUCUGGCUGACUCUGGCUGAACAGCCCAUCUGUAAAGAGGCCCUGUCCGGCCACCUGGUCCAACUGAUCCCUAUCCUGGUGAAUGGGAUGAAAUACUCUGAGAUUGACAUCAUUCUUCUAAAGGGCGACGUUGAAGAGGAUGAAGCGGUUCCUGACAGCGAGCAAGACAUCAAGCCUCGCUUCCACAAGUCCCGCACCGUCACCCUGCAGCACGAAGGAGGGGAGGGCGAGGAGGGGGAGGACAUCGAUGAAGACGAGGACGACGAUGAUGAUACUCUGUCUGAUUGGAACCUACGGAAGUGUUCGGCCGCGGCUCUGGACGUUCUUGCCAACGUGUUUCGUGAGGAGUUGCUUCCCCAUCUCCUGCCCCUGCUCAAAGGACUGCUGUUCCACCCUGACUGGGUCAUCAAGGAGUCUGGCAUCCUAGUGCUGGGAGCCAUCGCAGAGGGUUGUAUGCAAGGCAUGGUACCUUACUUGCCCGAGCUCAUCCCCCACCUCAUCCAGUGUUUGUGCGACAAGAAGGCCCUGGUCCGCUCCAUCGCCUGCUGGACCCUCAGCCGCUACGCCCACUGGGUGGUCAGCCAGCCCCCUGACGCUCACCUAAAACCCCUCAUGACUGAGCUGCUCAAACGCAUCCUGGAUGGCAACAAGAGGGUACAGGAAGCAGCUUGCAGCGCGUUUGCCACCCUGGAGGAGGAGGCAUGUACGGAGCUGGUGCCUUACCUGAGCUUCAUCCUGGACACGCUGGUUUUUGCUUUUGGGAAGUACCAGCACAAGAACCUGCUCAUCCUCUACGAUGCUAUAGGAACACUGGCGGACUCAGUGGGACACCAUCUCAACCAGCCCGAGUACAUCCAGAAGCUGAUGCCUCCGCUGAUAGCCAAGUGGAACGAGCUGAAGGACGAAGACAAAGAUCUCUUCCCUCUACUUGAGUGUCUGUCGUCCGUUGCCACGGCACUGCAGAGCGGCUUCCUCCCCUACUGCGAGCCCGUCUACCAGCGCUGCGUCACCCUGGUCCAGAAGACACUGGCUCAGGCCAUGAUGUACAGUCAGCAGCCUGACCAGUACGAAGCACCCGACAAGGACUUCAUGAUCGUGGCUUUGGAUCUUUUAAGCGGCUUAGCUGAGGGACUGGGGGGCCACGUGGACACGCUUGUGGCCCGCAGUAACAUCAUGACGCUGCUUUUCCAGUGCAUGCAGUCCCAGGAUACGAUGCCUGAAGUAAGACAGAGCUCAUUUGCUCUGCUGGGGGACUUGACCAAGGCUUGCUUCCCUCAUGUCAAACCGUGUAUUGCUGAAUUCAUGCCAAUCCUCGGGACAAAUCUGAACCCGGAGUUCAUCUCUGUCUGCAACAAUGCUACCUGGGCCAUAGGAGAGAUCUGUAUGCAGAUGGGAGUGGAGAUGCAGCCGUACAUCGCCAUGGUUCUGAACCAGCUGGUUGAGAUUAUUAAUCGACCCAACACCCCCAAGACCCUGCUGGAGAACACCGCAAUCACCAUCGGUCGACUGGGCUACGUGUGUCCUCAGGAGGUGGCGCCCAUGCUGCCGCAGUUUAUCCGACCCUGGUGUACGUCCCUGCGGAACAUCAGAGACAACGAGGAGAAAGACUCCGCCUUUCGCGGGAUCUGCAUGAUGAUCGGUGUGAACCCAGGAGGAGUUGUGCAGGACUUCAUCUUCUUCUGUGACGCGGUGGCCUCCUGGGUGAAUCCUAAAGACGAUUUGAGAGACAUGUUCUAUAAGAUCCUGCACGGUUUUAAGGAGCAGGUUGGGGAGGAGAACUGGCAGCAGUUCUCAGAGCAGUUCCCCCCACUGCUGAAGGAGAGACUGGCAGCGUGCUAUGGCGUUUAGAUUCUCUACACCCACCCAUAAGGUGAACCAGCAGGAGGAGGGUGAAUGGGAAACUCAUCCAUCUGUGUAUUGCACUGCCCUGAUCUGGGGGGAGGGAGAGGGACGCUAUUGGCCGCUCCCCCUGACGGACGGCCCCCACGCCCUAUGUGUUUGUCCAUAGAGGGAGGGUGGGCGGGUGGGAGGGUGGGAAAGAGGGACACCUCUAGAUUAACUAGGCAGGGACCCGACACAGAAAAACUAACUGGUAGGGACAGAUAGAGAGAAGGACACGGAGGAGAGACGGAGGGAAAGACAAGUUGGAAAAAGAGAGAGAGCGACAGAGAGAAAGUUCAGGGAAAAGAGCGGGAGGGGAAUCAGUCACACAGCAAGGAAAAAGAGCCACAGAAAGGUCUGUUACUGGGAGGACAGGGACAGUUGAGAUUUUAAUGGGAUUCUUAAACUCGAGACCGACCGAGACAGACCAACAUCGACUCACACACAUACACUUUGCACAUGCAGUACAUGGAAACUGACUGUGGGUGGCACUACUAUCAUUUAGACUUUUUUGAGACCUACUACAUGUAGUUAGGGACAGACAAGACAGGGGUCUAAACUCUGUUCGUUUUCUGGGUGAUAUCUUUCUUUUUCCGGGGAAAUAGGAUUCAAUAUGAAUUACUUCAUCCGUAGUCACUGAAUUCUACUUAGCUGUAAGAUAACCUCGCUAUCUGUGUUUCCUACCUUUCAUUUUGACCAGAGUGCUGCUUCACAGAGCUAUCCAUUUGUCAGACAUAUUCCUAUCACAUUUUCUACCUGAUCAAAAAAAAAGGAGAAAGAGAGAGAGAGAGAGAAAAACAAAAACAAGAGCAAGUGUCUUUCCUCGUGGCUUCACAGAAACCAUUCCUCUAGGAAGGGAGGAUUAGGGCUAACACAUUAGUUUCCUCACCAGAGGGGAGGAAAUCGUAGAAAGAAAAAUCACAUCCUUAGUUGUCCUCUUUGAGGUUUUGUGUGCGUAUAUGUGUGUGCGUGUGUGUGUGUGUGUGUGUGCGCGAGCGUGCAUGUCCAGUUUGUAAAUCCUCACUUCGGCAUUCUGUGUUAACAGUGUGUGAAAUAUGUAUUGUUUUUGAUAUGGUACCGAGCUAAAACUUGACUCCCACCGCAAUGUCCUUGGCACCUGUUAACUGUGACCAAGUGUUUGUGUGUAUGUGUGUGUGUGUGUGUGUGUGUGUGUGUUUGCGUGCAAGAGUGAGCGUGCGUACAUGUUUAUGUCUACAUUCGUACUGAUAUCCGUUUGAUGCCAUAUUGAUAUCUUAAGUAAAACAGUGAUUGGCAAUGUCAUUGUGAUCUUUAUAAUGUUUUAAAAAUGGUCCAUAUUCUUUUUUUUGUUUUGUUUUUGCUGCUACUGAUAAUUUUUGUUUAUAGUGAACUUAAAUUCGCACAAUUAACGCAAAAAAAAAAAUAUUGGAAUUAAUGCUAUUUUCAGUGACUGUUGAGUUGUUUUUGCACUUUUUAUUUUAUUUUACCUUUUUUUUCUUUUUGUUAUUUUUUGUAUGGACUUUUUUUUAACCUCACCCAUAUGAUAUGUCUUGACCCCUAAUGUCGGCGUUUUGUCAUACUGUGUUGCACUGUGAAAUUAAGUGUCUUUGACUGGCAAAAAUAUUCCAAUACUAAAUGGCAAAUAAAAACAACUCUGUGAAACUGGGA